AUGGCGAUAACCUGCGACUGCCCAAUGACGCAGCCGGGGCCCACGCUAGCGGCGACGUGUGGUGGAGGCGCCUUCAUGCUGUUCAUGGGAUUAUUGGAAGUAUUCUUGAAGAGUCAGUGUGAUCUGGAAGAUCCUUGCGGAAGAACAGAGUUUCGACAGCAUAUGGACUCAGUGUAUGACUUCAUAGUAGUGGGUGGAGGUUCCGCGGGCUCCGUGGUCGCCGCGCGUCUCUCCGAAGUGCCCGAAUGGCGAGUGCUACUUAUAGAAGCCGGUUUCGACGAGCCGACUGGCACACAAGUACCCUCAAUGUUCCUUAAUUUCGUCGGGUCGAGCAUUGACUGGGGAUACCACACGGAGCCCGAGCCCGCCGCUUGCCUCGGCGAGAAAGAAAGUCGCUGUUAUUGGCCCAGAGGAAAGGUACUUGGCGGCACUUCGGUGAUGAACGGCAUGAUGUACAUCCGCGGCUCCCGCAAGGACUACGACAGCUGGGCAGCGGCCGGUAUAGAAGGCUGGUCCUACGAUGACGUGCUACCCUACUUCCUCAAGUCAGAAGAUAACAAGCAGGUCGAUGAGAUGGACCCAGGCUACCACGCGACUGGUGGACCGCUUACAGUUUCACAGUUCCCUUACCAUCCACCGCUGAGUUACAGCUUAGUGGAAGCUGGGGAAGAACUAGGUUAUAGCGCGCGGGAUCUAAACGGCGAGAAACACAGCGGGUUCAUGAUCGCGCAGACGACGAACCGCAACGGGUCGCGGCUGAGCGCGGCGCGCGCGUUCCUGCGGCCCGCGCGGCGCCGCGCCAACCUGCACGUGCUGCUCAACGCGACAGCCACGCGCCUGCUCGUCGACCGCACCACGCGCCACGCGUACGCCGUGCAGCUGCGCGACAGCUUCGGACGAAUGCAGACUGUGUACGCGAACAAUGAGAUUAUACUCAGCGCCGGAGCUGUCGCGUCCCCUCAACUGCUGCAGCUGAGUGGCGUGGGCGACCCGUCGGUGCUCGCGCGCGUCGGCGUCCCGCUCGUGCACAAGUUGCCGGCCGUGGGCAGGAACCUGCACAACCACGUCACGCACUUCGUCAGCUUCACAAUCAACGACAACGACACCUCGCCGCUCAACUGGGCCACCGCCAUGGAGUACCUGCUGUUCAGGGACGGACUCAUGUCCGGCACGGGCAUUUCUGAAGUGACUGGAUUCAUAAACACGAAGUAUGCGGACCCCGCGGGCGACAACCCGGACAUCCAGCUGUUCUUCAGCGGCUACCUGGCGGACUGCGCCAAGACCGGCAUGGUCGGGGAGAGUCGUGGAAACGGCUCUAGGACUAUCCAGAUGUUCCCCGCCGUGCUACAUCCCAAGAGUAGAGGCCGGAUAGAGAUCGCCAGCAAUGAUCCGUUUGCUCCACCAAAGAUUUAUGCCAACUACCUAACUCACCCGGACGAUGUGAAAACGCUCAUAGAAGGUAUAAAGUUCGCAAUUAAACUGUCCGAGACAAAAGCCCUCAAAAAGUACGGCUUCAAGCUGGACAAGACUCCGGUGGCCGGCUGCGAGAAGUUCAAGUUCGGUUGCGACGCGUACUGGGAGUGCGCUGUGAGGAUGCAGACUGGUCCAGAGAAUCAUCAAGCAGGUUCCUGCAAGAUGGGGCCCAGAGGCGAUCCUACUGCUGUCGUUGAUCAUUUGCUUCAGGUGCAAGGCAUCGACCGGCUGCGCGUGGCGGACGCCAGCGUGCUGCCGGCCGUGCCGUCGGGCAACACGCACGCGCCCGUCGUCAUGCUGGCCGAGCGCGCCGCCGACUUCAUCAAGCAGCGCUGGCAUGAGCCGUAUCCUCCGGUUAAUGAAGGCGUAUCCAACGUCCUGACAGCUAGCGAGUCAAGACACAGCGCCCGACCGUGGCCGUACUGGGCUUGA